UCUAAGAAGGCUGGUGGAAAGAUGCAGCCCACCAUUCGGCUGCUCUUCCUAGUGGGGCUGUUAACCUGCGUUGGCGGAGUCCUGGCAAGAGAUGAUUCCGGAACAACUUACAAGGGAACGCCUCCCAAUUCGCCCGAAUAUCUAGACGAUAAUGGAAUUUUAGUACUAAAUCCGACCAACAGCCUGCAAAAUGGAAAUGAAGAAGCGAUUAAUCGAUUCACGGAUUAUAUUGACAGUUCGGCAGAGAAAAUAAUUUCGGAUUUACCCAAUACUCGGAAAAAGAAAAGGAGACAAGCCCUGAUGGAAGCACUUCAAGUUCUAACUGGUGUGAGAUUGGGCGUUUCUCCUUUGGGAGAAAGUCUUGGGAGCAUCAAGGAGCAGCAGGCGGAAUUGAUUUCAAAACUUAAACACCAAGAGGAAUGGAACUUCUGGGCAGCAGCUAAAGUUCAACGAGUGGGAGAGUUCACUAAAGGUCACAGGACACCCGAAGCCGUUUCUAUCACCGAAGAGUUUAACAAUCGUUAUGGCCUUCAAAUGCGCAAUUGUGUGAGUGACUUCCUCUGGGCACAGAUCCGACUAAAUCUGGAUUUGAGUACAUCCCUAGAUGGCCUGCAAGACUCUACAAGGCUGGUUAUCGUAGCCACUGAAAAUUGCCCCGACCUCAAGGCCAAAAAGUGCCGUAAGGCUAUAAGAAAAGCUAACGAAGGCCUACAGAAUGCACCACAAGAUCUGCAUAAUCUAUGGAUUGAAUCCAAAAGUUUAGAGGAUACCCAAAAGCAAAGCAAUCAGUGCUUGGAGAAAACCCUGAAGGAAUAUGCUGAAGAGCGAAUGGAAGUGGAAAGCCAGUUGGAGGAAGUCAUUAAUGAGUAUCUUGAGAGUGAACCAGCUGGCAAGUAGUAGGAGACGAAAUGUAUAUUUAUCAUAUUAAUAUUAGAAGUCAAUGACGAACAUGUAGUACUUACAGCACAUAAACAGAACAUCUGUGGAACCAAUCAGUCUAAGAAGGGCAAAAUAAAUAUUAUAUUUUAAUGCAGUUAA